AUGGAUGAGGUAGAUCGCGAGCUCAGCAACGCCGCUCGGGCUGCGUCGCCGGGCCGCUACCAGUCUCGCGGUAGCCACGAGAUUGAGCGCGUCCUUUCCGCUUCUACUACUUCGAGCACAUCCACUUCUUCCUCCCGAGAGCCCUACCGCCGCAACACGGGCAUCAGCCGCGUGUCAACUCAGAAUGACCUCGAGCGCCAUCCCACGGCGCUCAGCCGCAUCGCCACCCAGCGCAGCCAACACAGCAACACUGUCGGCCGAAGCAUCAAGAGCAGAGAAUCGAGGAAACCUCUUCCCAACUUUGGCGCCGGAAAGCCCUAUCCGCCUCACCUGCCCGACCAGGAGGAGUAUGUCGUCGAGUUUGACGGGCCCAGCGACCCGCUGCAUGCCCAGAACUGGCCCAUGAAGAAGAAGAUGAUCACAGCCGUCAUGCUGGCUUACACGACCUUGACCUCCGCCUUCGGCUCGAGUAUCUUUUCCGCCGCCACCGCGCCCAUCAGCGUCCAGUACAACGUCUCCAACGAGGUUGGCAUCUUGGGAGUCUCCUUCUACGUUCUCGGCUUUGCGACAGGUCCCACGCUCUGGGCGCCCCUCUCUGAGCUGAAGGGUCGUCGUCUGCCGCUCGUCCUCUCCAUGUUCGGCUUUUCUCUCUUCUCCAUCGCUGCAGCUACAGGCAAGGAUAUCCAGACGAUUCUCAUCUGCCGUUUCUUCAGCGGUUUCUUCGGCGCCUGCCCUCUGGCCGUCGUCGCCGCCGUCUUCUCCGACAUGUUUGACAACCGUACCCGUGGCGUCGCCGUCACAGUCUUCUCCAUGGCCGUCUUCACCGGCCCUCUCCUCGCCCCCUUCGUCGGCGGCUUUAUUGUGGAGUCGUAUCUCGGCUGGCGCUGGACCCAAUAUCUCAUCUCCAUCAUGGGCUUCUUCGCCUUCUUCCUCGAUCUGUUCUUUCUCGAGGAAACGUAUCCGCCCGUCAUCCUCGUGAGCAAGGCCUCCGAGUUGCGCCGUCGCACCCGGAACUGGGGCAUCCACGCCAAGCAGGAGGAAAUUGAGGUCGACCUCCGGGAGCUUAUCACCAAGAACUUCACGCGUCCCAUGCGCCUGCUGUUCUUCGAGCCCAUUGUCACCCUCUUGUCCAUCUACAUGGCUUUCAUCUACGGUAUUCUGUACCUCUUCCUGACCGCCUACCCCUUUGUGUUCCGCGGCGUUCACGGCUUUAACGCAGGCGAGUCCGGCCUCGCCUUCUUCGGCAUGGUCACUGGUCAGCUCAUUGCCGGUACCGUCGUGCUCCUCCAGCAGCCCUGGUACCUGCGCAAGCUCAAGGCCAACAAUGGCGUGCCCGUGCCCGAGUGGCGCCUGCCGUCCGUCAUUGUCGGUGGCGUCUUCUUCGCCGCCGGCAUCUUCUGGUUCGGCUGGUCCGGCUACCGUCGCGACAUCCACUGGAUCGUGCCAGCCCUCAGCGGUCUCUUUACGGGUUUCGGUCUCAUGUCGAUCUUCCUGCAGUCGCUCAACUACCUCGUUGACUCGUACCUCAUGUUCGCCGCGUCGGCCAUUGCCGGCAACACCUUCCUCCGAUCGCUCUGCGGCGCCGGCUUUCCCCUGUUCGCGACGCAGAUGUUCGAGGGCAUGGGCAUAGAGUGGGCCUCGACGCUGCUGGGCUGCAUCGCCGUCGUGCUCGCUCCCAUUCCCCUCAUCUUCUGGCUCUACGGCCACAAGAUCCGCGCCAAGAGCGCCUACGCACCCACCUUCCAGGCCCAGGCUGAGGAGCCGGUCGAGCCCGAAGACUUGCCAGGUGCCGUGCCGACGCAGUCCCAGACGGCUGUCAAUGGAACCAACGGCGUCAAUGGAGGCCACGAGGAAGAGAAGCAGGAUGAUCUCGCGGCGAGGGCGAACGCGCCCGCGACGAAUGGCGACAGGAGCAAUGCUGUGUAA